UUUGUCUUUGCAUACAAAUGGAUUGUCCUUUUGUUUAGACGUUUCAUAGAUGACAAGUACAUCUUUAGAAUCUGGGAUGCGGUGUUUGCGUUUCCAAGCUCGAAGUUUUAUUAUUUCAUAGUUGUUGCGAUCAUUAAGGAAUACGCGGAUGAUAUAAUAGACAAUCAAAUGGACUUUGAUGAUUUGUUUAUGCUGUUUCAGAGUCUUGGCAAUCAAAUUGGGGAUGAAAUAGUGUUUGAUGCGGACUUGUUGAUGCAAGAAUUCAUGCACAUCUCGCAACCAAAUGAAUUGUCUGAAUUCUUAAAAGAUGAUCCGAUACCUAAAUAA